AUGAGUGUCGCCCGUGAAGAGAUGGAUGCCGAUGCCUAUCACACCAUCGCUGUGAUCCAGGGAGCCCUUGAUGAUCUAAAGCGCUUCAUGUUCCUCAACACCUCAGUCAGGCUGCCGCAGAGCAUCUCGCAGAAAGCUUCACAGCUGAGCGAUGGAGUCAAAGAGUUCCUCUCCUCCUUCCCCUCUGAGGAUCCUGCUGGUGGGGAAGACAAGGAGAGGAAAGACAUCAAGUGCUCUCAGCUCGUCACCACCAACCCAGGACUCGAGCGCAUAGCAGCAAGUGAGGUCAGGAGCAUCUGCCACGUGGGAGCCGUCCAUCCCAGCUGCUUCGGAUGCCCCGGAUACCUCGGCCUCACAGACGUGAAAGAUGCCGAGAAGCUGCAAGAGCUGAGAAGUGCCCACGACGUCCUCAAGUUCCACGGCUACUUCUUGCUCCCUGAAGCUGACUUGUUUCCUCAGCUGGACUCGGUGAUGGGAUCAGCUGAGAGCUUCCGAGUCCGGUCAGGUCAGCUCGUUUCAGAGAGGGUGGGAAGCAUGCGAAUGGUGGGGAACAAGGAUACAAAAGCCCUCGGGGAAGAUCGUUCAGCGAAGAAAGCUCGAACAGAAAAGACACAUUCAGAGAUCGCGACAGAUGCUGCCGAGGAGAUAAUUUCAGCAGCCAUGGAGACAAGCAAGUCCGAUGAGCAUGGAUUCCAGAGCAGCCAAGUUGAACGAGAGGUCGGUUCCGUUCUGCAUGAGAAAUACAAGGAAAGUACGAGUUUGCUUGACGGACAAAGCGCAAAAAGAGAGGGAGCGAGGGUACGAGCAGACAUGAAAAAAUUCGAGGUCUGCAUUCGUGUGGACAUCGUCAUGGACAAGGUGCUCGUGUGCUCGAUGCCCAACAAAGAUCAGCUUUCGAGGAGACACAAACUGGCGUUCGUGCGAAGCGUCACAUUGAAGCCGAACGUGGCGUACUGCAUGAUCCGAAUGUCAGGGCUCAAGGAUGGCGGCUCGUUGCUGGAUCCGUUCUGCGGAGGAGGGACGAUACCGAUGGAGGCGGCAUGCAUCUUCGGCCGCGCCCCCAGGGACAAGGCAGGCAGGCUGUGUGGAUGUGACAGAUCCAAGACUGUUGUGGAGGGAGCGAAAGCGAAUGCCAAGGCGUCGAUGAUCGAACAUCUCGUCGAGUUCACGGAGCUCAAUGCUCGCGUCCUCGAUCGAUCGUUCAGCUCCAACUCCUUCGACGUGAUCGUGACAAACCCGCCAUGGGGGGUCCGAGUGGGCAAGGAUGCUGAUCUGGAGAGGAUCUACAAAGGAUUUCUGUUCUCCUCCGCCAAGAUCCUGCGGGUGGGAGGACGGUUGGUUUUCCUUGUGCAGAGGUGUGAGAUGGUCCUUGAGCUGGUGAGGAAGUUGGGAUUGUUCCGGAUCUUGUCCAUGUGUGCGGUCAAGACUGGCGAUCUAGUUCCGACCAUCUUCGUCUUGGAGAACUUGGGUAAGGAUGAGGAGAAGGAAGUUUUGAAGACUCAGGUUCGAGCUCUCACUCCUCUCAUCCCGAACCCGAAAGCUGGUGGGUCAGCAGCCCCCGAGCAGGCCGAGCAGGACACACCACAAGAGACAGAACCAUCGCUAUGA